GGCGCGGCGGGCGGAGGGAGCGCGCGCCCGGCGGCGGCGCCAGUGUGGCCCGCAGCUCCGACCGCCAUGCGCGCCCCGACGCGCCCACUGCUGGCGCUGGCGGCGCUGCUGGCGCUGGCCGCCGCCUCGCCGCGCCGCCUCGACCAGGACUUCGAGUUCGACGACGCGCCGGAGGCGCCGCGCGCACGCCGCCCGCGCCGCUACGUGUACGAGCCCGACAACCCGCUGUGCCGCGCGCUGGUGUGCCGCGAGCGCGAGGUGUGCCUGCUACGCGACGCGUUCACCGCGCUGUGCGCCAGCCAGCAGGCCGUGCGCGCGCGCGGCGACGUGGUGCUGGCGGGCGGCGGCGGCGGCGGCGGCGGCGCCGACGAGGACGUGUUCUACGAGGCGCGCGCCGCGGCGCCCGAGCGCUGCGCCGGCUGCGCGGGCGCGGCGCGCGGCGCCUUCCUGUGCGGCUCCGACAACCGCACGUACUCGUCGCUGUGCCGCCUCGACCUGCACAACUGCGUGCGGCGGAGCGCGCCGCCCGUGCGCCUGGCGUGCCGCGGCUUCUGCCCGUGCCGGCGGCGGCGCGCGGCGGCCUGCGCGCUCGACAACAUGGCGGACCGGCUGCUGGACUGGUUCGCCGUGCUGAUGGACGACGCGCGCGCCGCGCCGCCGCCGCCCGGCGCCUUCCCGCGCGACUGCAAGCCCGAGGUGCGUUGGAUGUUCGAGCACCUGGACGCGGGCCGCGACGGGCUGCUGUCGCCCGCCGACCUGUACGCGCUGCGGCACGACGAGCGUGAACGCUGCCUGCGACCGUUCCUGGCGACGUGCGGCGCCCCGCGCGGCUCGCGCGCGGCCCGCGGCGGCGGCACGCGCGGCGUGACGCGCGCGGCGUGGUGCGGCUGCCUGCGGCGCGCCGCGCGGCCGUGCGCCGCGCUCGCCCGCGCGCACCCUGCGCCGCCGCCCGGCGCGUACGUGCCGGCGUGCGACGCGCGCGGCUGGUACCGGCCGCGGCAGUGCCACGCGGCGCUGGGCGUGUGCUGGUGCGUGGACGCGCACGGCGUGGAGCGGCCCGGCAGCCGCACCAAGGGCGCGCCGCGCUGUGCGCCCGGCGCCGCGCCCGCAGACGACAACCGCGUGGACGACGCGGCCGAGCGCGACGAGAGCGCGCCCGAUGACGACGACGAGGACGUGGGCGGCAGCGGCGACGGUGACCACGACGACGAAGACGACAACGAGCUCCGCUUCUGAGCAGACCCGCGCGCCGCCGAGCGCUCCGCGCGAGGUCGCCGCGGGGCGGCGCGGAGGGGGCGGCACACCCCCGCAGAUGAACAACAACAAUAAAUCGUCAUUUGCUUUGCCGUCCGCCGCUGUGUGUUCGACGGCGACGCGUUCGAAUUUUUCGUUACUUACGUAUCUAUAGGAGUCGAAAUAAUGAAAUGAAGUCGUUUACCUAUGGGCCUAUUAUAUUUUAUUUAACUGUACAUUUAGGUAAAAUAAGAUUAUGGGAGAGUAUUUUCAUAAUAAUAUUUUGGAAUGUAAAAAUUGGUACCUGUCGGCACUAGUGGUGGGGGCCGGGGGGCGAGCCGCACGGUGCGCCGCCGCCUUGGGCUGUUCAGUUGUGAACCCGUGGACGUCCUCGGCGACCGUCGCGGCGCGCGGCGAGCACUGCGGGGCCAGCUCGGUCACUCGUGCACUUCCUCGGUCCCGACGAGGAGGCAGGGACUACAGACGAGUACUGCAGCGUGUACAUACACUUGUACUUAGCAGUGUCUCUUAGAACCAAACAAAUGCUAAUAACACCAAGAUUUGCAUGCUCGUCCGUGGCGAGGUAGUCGUUAGAUUCUUCUGAUAAAAUGUAAGUCAGAUAAGUGUGCAGUAGCGUCGUGGAGCCUUGCUUAGUUAAAUGAUAGAGUAAGGUGUAUACUAUGUAACAAGCUUAUGAAUGUUUCUUAUUAUUAUUAGUCAAUAUAGUGUUAAUGUUACACAUGUGAGAUUUCAUUCAUUUUGUUAUAAUAAAUAAUAUUUUCACUCCAAACUGUAGUCCUUAUGGAGUGAGUCAUUAAAUUGUAACAUCAAAAGGUUAUUUGCACUUUUUUAAAUCUAACUAAUUUAAUUUAAAUAAAUAAAUAAUUAAACGUCA